AUAUAAGUUAUCUUAAAAAUCUUUUUUUAACAAUUUUUCAUAGGUUUCCUAUUGUCCCGUAUUGAAGGCCAACCGGGUUCACCUGAAAAACCACUAUCUCAACUUGGCAAUCUUUCAUAUCAGUCGUAUUGGCGAUCAAAAAUUCUACCAUUUCUUUUAUGUUCUAUGAAGAAUUGUAAAUUAUUAAAUUCAACGCUGUCUAAUCAUGAAACAGACUCGGAUUGUUUGGCAAAUCCUGUUGGGUCUAUUGGGUUUCGUGAUUUUGUCAUUACCAUUCAUGAAAUUAGCUCUACUACUGGAAUAGAUCCACAUGAUGUAGCCAGUACUAUUCAACAGUUGGCUACAACAAUUACAUUAAGUGCAGAUGGAAGACCUGUAAUCUGUUUUGAUUUGAAAUAUUUAUUACAACUACAAGAGAAAUAUGAAGAACGAUCAGUUAAUUGGAUUCCUAUUGAUGAAGAAUGUCUUCGUUGGUCCCCGUUAAUCCAUCCUCAAGAAUUGGAUAUUUCAGCAGAUAGUUCUGGUGGUGGUUGUGAUAAUUCUAAUUCACAAAUAGUUCAUCAGAAUUCAUCUAUCAUUCCAUCUGAAAAUGUGGUUUCUUCAACUGUACCAAAAAUGAAUAGAUUCUCUCCUCAAAAGCACAGACCUCAGUCAAAAUCGGAUAAGGCUCCUUUCAACCGAGAAAAUAAUAUUGUCAAGUCACUGGAAACAGCUCCUCGCAAACGUAGUUUACGAAGUACCUGUAACAAUAGCAUUCCUUCAACUGUUAACACUGAUGAUAAUUCUUCCAACCAAUCUUUGUCCAACAGAAUGUCCAACAAUGUUUCAGGUAAUGUAACUGAUAUACAUUUUAGACGUCUUCGUUCCCCACCUAGUUCCACUCAUUCUCUUGAUAAAAACAGUGAACAAAUAUCUCCACUUACUACUCUAUCUGAAUCUAUUUUCACUUAUCAGUCAUCAAGCAGACAAAAGCACGAUUCUUUAGUUGCUACGGCAAGACAUGGUUCUACGAAUGUCAAAUCAAUUCCUUGUAAUCCUAUUAACCCCACUGACAAGCCGUUGCAUAAUCCACGUAAAAAAGUUUCUAAAACUAAACCGUAUCCUUCGCCUUGUCGUAAGCGAAGUUUUUGUUCAGAUGGUCCACGUCCUCCAGAUCCACCGUCUCCCCCUCCACCUGGAAGUGGUAGUGGAUGCACAUCCACUGACAAUUGUUCCAUUGCUACUAGAACUCGUCGUCUCUCUUAUAAUGCACCACAGAAAUCUUCGACAAGAAAUUGCAAUAAUACAAAUAAUGCUAAAGAGACAAGUUUAUUUUCAACAUUUAUGAAUUGUUUCAAUUUCUCUUGUGGUAUGCCUACAUCUACUACUUCUGAAAGUUAUGUCACUAGUAUUAGUAGCAGUAGUAGUAGCAUUACUUUGACGACUCUUAAUAAUAAUCAUAGUAAUUUUUCUUCAUUAUAUAAUCUGAAAGAUAAAUUAUUCACCGCAUCAGCAGGUACAGCAAUACAUACAAAAGGUGACAAUAUUUGCCCACCAUCAUCAUCUGAUUGCAUAGAUAUGUCACCACUUCGUCCAUCUUUUUCCAGUUCACCAACAACUGUGGUAGUUAGAGAUGACAGUGAUAGUGAUUGUGUGGGAAUUUUUGAUGAAGAAUGUCAAGGGACUAGUGAACAACGGUGUCAAUUGAAUGUAAAUCAUCAGGAGGAACAAUUCAUUAAAAAUCAUGUUGUUGAUAGAUUAUCGUCACUCAGUCCUACUUCAAUUCAUACACCUUCUCCACCGAUGUUAUCACUUGCUGAUGGUUUAUCCACUAAUGACAUUGAUUUGCCAACAUCAUUGAAUGAUAUAAUUGGUAGUAAUCAUAAUAAUCAUAAUAAUCAUAGUGGUAAUAAUGAUAAUACUGUUUCAUUUAUAUCAAAAUCACAUCAUUCUUUUGGUAAUGAAUUGAAUAAUAGACCACCACCGUGUUUAUCACUUUAUGAUAGUGGACUACUUGUUGUCCACUCAAAAUCGAAUGAUUCAUCUAUUAAUUCUCUUUCGUCGUCAUCAUCACCGUCAUCGUCUUCUUCAGAUUCGACAGCUAAAGCUGUAGAUUAUUCCUUGGCGAAUAGCCUUCACUGUGUUCAUCGUCAAUAUGAAUUAGGUUGUACUUCAAAUCGUCGUUUAACAGAUCCUUCAAGAACUUCACAUAAAUUCAAUUCCAGUUUUAGUUUUCCUUUGUAUGUUGAAACUAAUCUGGAUGAUGAUGAUGAGGAUGUUGUAAAUACUGGUAUCACUACUACUGCUACUACUUCUGUUACCACUGCGAGUAAUGAUCGAGAUUGUAUGCUGUCAUCGUUGUCGGAAACGAAAAUCCUUCGACAGCAACAAAAUCAUCAACGUAAUAACCGUCUAAUACAACAGGAUGAUAAUCUUAUAACAACAACUUUAUGCUCUGAAAUCUCUGUACAUUCUUUAUCCGAUGCUGUUAUUAGCACAAACAGAUCUCUUCUAUUUAAAGGGUUGCGUAAAUCUCUUCAUAAUCGAACACAUCAUUCUUGGCCUACAUCUCCUAUACAUUUAAGUUCAUCGUGUAAAUCUGCUCCAUCUAAUUAUAAAUUUCAAAAUAAUGACUAUACAAUCCGUGGUUCUGAAUCCUCAUCAUCGUCAUCGUCCUCUUCACCCCCAAUACUUUGUCGCGCUGUAAAUAAUUGUACACCAUUAACAGCUCCUUCAUUAAUACCAUUCAAUACAACAGAUAAUCAUAAAUCUCCAUUGAUUGGCAGUUGUCAUUCAGUAAGAAAUCAUCAAUUGAAUCAUUCGCCCUUACCUCCUGUUUUAAUAACCAAUGAUGUUAAGCCAGAAACAAUAUUAUCACCUAUUUUCAGUACUUCACUUUCAGCUCACUGGAUUAAUCAACAUUGUGAUGAUAUUCAACCACCGAUUUUAUUACCAUCAAAUUCUUGUGAAACAGAAUGUUCAAUUAAUGCCACUGGAAACCUAACUCAUCCACCUGUAUCGCCUUACUCAUCCUCUACCAUUUCAUCUACUCAUAUUGAUUUAUCGGACAAUUAUGCAAGUGAUCAUUCAACUGUGUUAACUCUUCCAAUGACCGGUGAACAACAAUUGCAUAAUAAUAGUAAUAUAAAUAUGAAAAGUAUCGAUUGUGUAGAAGAUAGUUAUGUUAAUGGUCAAUUAAUGAAUUAUACAACAGAUACCGAUGGAUUGACAUUAAUUGCAUCCUAUAAUGGUGAUGAUCUUGUAAAUAAUCCAUCCAAAUCAUUAUCAUCAUUUGAUAAUAAUUCACUCUCUUCUAUGAUUUCUCAAGAUAGUAGUAGUGAACAAACUGUUGCAAUGUGUUUAUCCGAUAGUUUAAGUCCACCAUUUCUUGAAGAUUCACAAGAUUUCUUCAACGGUAACAAUUUUACAGAGAAAAAACGAAAUAAUUUAUUAAAUGAUAGAACCUUAACCUAUAAUUUCAAACAUAAUCAUCAAAUGGAUAUUUAUUCUCAUCAUAAUAGUAAUAAUAGUGCUUUACGUAGUCGUCAUACUUCAGAACCGAGCAAGAUAAUAAUGAUGAUGGACAUGGUGUGUUAUUAUCCCAUGGGAAAUUGUCGUCGAUGUCAUAGUCAUCCGAAUUUGAAAUUUUGUACAAACUCAUUACUGUCUGAAGUAAGAAUAACACUUGAAGAUGAUAAUGAUACUACAACUAUUAUUACUCAGCCAGCGUUAGCUUCACCAGUCAGUCAUCGAUCAUUAUUGGAAGAACAAUCUGAUGAUUACUUAGUGAAAGUAUCCGCUGAUUUGUUGAAUUUACCGUUAUUUUCUGAAAAUAUCAAUAUAUCUAAUCAACCAAUGAUAGCAGUUUCCAGUCAACAUUACGAAAGUCUUUCAUGUGUUACUCAGUCACCUACUCUUUCUUUGUGUAGUCAUUCACCAGUUGUAGAUGAAAUAUCGUCUUAUGUUGUUGAUAAACAAGAUACUAAACCUGUUGAUUCAAAUCAUCCCUCUAAGUUGUUAUCGCCUUCAUCUUCUUCUUGUAGUCCGACUAAUGAAAGUAACGUAUUCCAGUCUUCAAUCAUUUCAUCAAAUAAUCCUAUCAACUUGUGUAAUUGUGCACCGAAUCCUUUAGACAUUUGCAGUACUAUGUCAACAACGGUAACGGUUACUUCAUGCAACACUGAUACUGAUUCACUAUCCUACUUAAACUCUACUCAGACAUCAUCUAAACCGUUAAAUAUACAAAAUAUUUCGUUUCCAGAAGAAGAAAUUGAUUUUGUUGCUGAUUCAAAUGUUAAUUUGUCAGUUGUAUCUCCGACAUGUGUAACAUAUUCAAACAAUAACCCAUCAACAGUUAAUUCCUUGUCAUUGACAUCAACAAUUCCAUUAUCUACAAUGAGUUUAUCACUGAUAUCUGAUAGUAUUGUUUCUUCUGUCAUUCCAGAUAUUCCCAAUCCUAUUAUUACUACCACUGUACAUAUAGAUGCAACUCGAAAUAAUCCCACCAUUGGUCAACAUUUUUCUCCUUCAAAAAAUCAAUAUUUGUCAGAGUAUACAAGUCUUGAAAGAGAACACAUUCCUGUUGUAGUAUCUGAUCAUGAACCAGAUUUCGAUUCUACUGAAUUAACACAUAUCCACCAUCAUCUACAAUUCGAAAACAAUAAUCGACAUGAUUAUAUCGAUAAUAAAAAUACGAUAAUUACUAAGGAAUUCUUUCAUACACCUUUGUCGAACCACGACGAUAAAACGUUAUUAUGCGAUACAGAUGACAUUUUGUCAGAAUCAUCAAAUUUUGUUUCGCCUGAUACAGAUCAAUUGGUUUGUGGAUCAACACAUUCUUAUUCUAGUUCUGUUUUAUCGAAUAUUUUAGACCAAUCAGAUUCUGUUAUUGUCACUUCUUCUACUACUAUUACUACCACUACUACUAUUAAUGAUAUUAAUUUUACUAAUAAUCUCAGUAAAUCAUGUGAUAUGAAUUUAUUAAGUACCAAUUAUUCUGGACAACUUUCUAGUUUACCAUUAAUUAAUAUGGAAGUGUUUCCAGUGACAACUUGUACAACAGUAGGUGUACCAUCUCAGUCAGAUAACUGUUGUAUCAAUAAUAUUAGUAGAGGCAUUGGUAGUGUACUGUCAUCAUCGUCAUCUCAUUUUCCUGUCAUUCAUCAGUCAACAGGUUUAGGAAGUUUCCCCUAUGAAUCUGAUUUCUCUUAUCAACAACAAUCAAAUAUUUAUGAUUCGAUACCAAUGAGAACAUGUCCACAACUUAAUAGUAUUAGUAUCUCAACACCAUCAUCAAGAAUAACAACAAGUCGUUCUAAAACAAAACGAGAUGGUAAUACUAAAAAGAGCUUGAAAACUACCUGUAGACAGUCAAGGUCAUGCUCUUCCAUCUCUCCAGUUUCUUUAUCUAUUCCAUGGCCAGAGGGUAAUCCACUAAAAUCGUCAUAUGCAAGACAUGCAUCAUAUCAAGUUGUACCAAUUAAUCAAUCUACGUAUAACAUAACGUGCGAUCAGUAUAAUCCAUCGGAUUUGUUUGGUUCGACAGGUUUCCCAUCAAUAACAUGUCACUCUUUAACUCCUGGACAGAUAGUACACACAUCACAAAAUAAUAAUUUAUCAGAUUCUUAUCUAUGUAGAGCGUCUAAUGCAAUGGGAACCUGUGAAUCACUCCGUCUUCCAACAACUUCAUACUGUUACUUAACACCGAUGUCUUCGUAUGGUGUAAAUAUGAGUACACAGCAACCUUUCGACACCUGUUCCAAUUUUCAAAAUCCCAGUCAGUUGUGUGGAAUGGAUCCUGUACCCUGUUCCAUGUCCAAUCUACCGAAUUCAUGUAAUCUAGAGCCUCAACUUCCACAUUUGUCGGUUGCACAGAAUUACCAAUGCAUUCCAUCUUCGUUUCCUUUUUCGCAUCAUUCAAAUUCUCAGUCACUUUUACCUUCCGGAGUCAAUCAGUUCAUACCGGAGAUGGGUAAUAAUAGUUCCUGUCAAUCACUAUCAACUACAAUUAAGACAAACAGAACCCUUCAUAUAAAUCAACUGUCAUCGACUCCAGUUUAUCCUGUCUAUUCAGGGAAUUUUUCAUUUCCUCUUGUUGCAACAAGUACAAGAGAUGUUCUUUCAUCAAAUCUUCAACUAUCAACAUCAACCGGUUGUACAGCUUCUCAAAUUAAUAAUUCACUUCUAGUAAAGCCAGAUUAUUUUAAUUAUUCAGGUAAUUGUAACUUAAAUCAACCGUCCAUUCUUCCAUGUACCGAAAGAAAUGUACAAUCAUGUAAUAUUGUUGACAAUACUUCAUCUCUUACACAAUUAUCAGGUUCCUACUGUUCUGGAAUUGAACAACAACCGACGUUUCAAAAUACCUCCUCUGAUUUCCUGCCGAAUAUUUCGUCAAAUAUAAGUUCAAAUCAGUUUAUCAUGGUUAAUACUACUACUACUGCAAUUAAUAGUAUUGUUGAUGAUAUCACUGUUACCUCUACUCAUAUUCCCUAUCCUGGUAUACUUAGUAGUAAUUGUAGAAAUAAUCGAAAUAGUGAUAUUAAUAGUAGUAUAGGUAGACUGUCACAACAUGACAUUCUACCACCAGAUACAACUUUACCUUUCUCAACAAUAGUCGAUACAUAUCAUCCGAAAGAUGCAUUGUAUAAUGCUAACAAUAAUAAUAAUUAUUAUUUAUUGUUCUGAUAGCCAAAAUAAUUUAUCUCUACUAGAUUCACCUGUUGUUAUACAAUCACCAUCAUUAGUUGGUUGGACUCCAACUGAUUUAGUUAAUAGAACAGGACAUUUCACUCAAAUUCCUUAUCAUCCAAUGCCUACUUGAUAAUUAUUGGAUAGAUAAUGGUAAUUUUCUGUUUUCUUACAUGUAUCUUUUUUGUUCCGAUUUUUCCUCUCUCUCUCUCUCUCUCUCUCUCUCUCUCUCUCUCUCUCUCUCUCUCUCUCUCUCGUUACCUCACCCCCUCAACACUAUUCGAGAUUGUUAAACAAAAAUAUGCUUUUUCAUUUUAUUUGCAUUUUCUCCCCGUUCCCUCUUUCUCAUCAUGUGUUUAUUGUCUCAAACAUUACAUACAUUGAGUAGCUUAUUCUCUAAAGAAAAAAAAGGAAAAACAGAGGAAUUUUUGCACAUAUAUUUUGUAUGUAUGUAUGUGUGUGUGUACAAGAAUUAUCGUCUCUUUUUUUUGUAGUAAGAAAAAGGAACCAAAUUUUGUUUUUGUUUUUCCAAGAUUAUAAUAAUUUAUUGUUAUUUAUUUAUUUAAUUUUUCUUAACUACAGAAGUGUAUCUUUCUUUUUUUUAAUGUACAAAGCCAAUAUCAAUGAUUCAUUGUAUAUGAGAUAACCAUAAUGAUAAGAAAGGGGAUAAUGUGAAAUGAUGAAAUCAUCUUUAUUUAUUUCAGGGAAUUUUGUUGUUUGUUUGUUUGUUUGUUUUCUACAUGU